ACCGAGGCGGACCGACACACACACACACACACACACACACACACAUAUCCCGGGUGUCGUUCAUUGGGUAUCGUACCAGCAACCAGCUCACACGUGGCCGUCUCUCGUCUCCCUCAACACCGCUCGCUGGCCGUGUCGUGGAGAUCUCUCUCGUCUUUCCUCACAGGAGCCCCCUCGCCACCCUGUAAUUCCUACAAUCUCCAAAGGAUCUUCAAGGGGCGUGGCGCGGAAGGGCGUGUGUCUCUGUGUCUCCUGAAGGUGUGAAUAUCAGCAAGGUUUUGACCACCACCACCACCACCCCCAUGUUGGCCACCAUGUCGCUGUCGGAGGCCAUUGUGACGUCAUCGAGUGGGCGGGAGGAGGCGGGACUGAGGUCUCAGAUGGGCGGGGCAGUCAGUGAGGCCACGCCCACAGCUCACACCCCAGCGCUAGGGACGUCCCACUCAGCAGGCCUCGACCCUGCGGCCAACAGGACCACCACCUCCAGCAGCAGCGCCCAGCACCACCACCACCUCCCCGCCCUCACCCCAGAGCUCCUUUCCCCAGCCGAUCUUUCCCCAGGACACCUCUCAGCGUCCCCACCCCUCUUCUCCCCACCUGCACCCCCAGUAUAUUCCCCAGUCUCCCCCGUUAGCGGUGGGAGAUCAGAUUCCUCCACGAAUUUCUUCUUUCCGAGUGUUGGGGGGCCGGGAUUUAGCGCCCCCCACUCUUCCUCUUCCACCCUCUCCACCACCUGCCGCGCCUCCCCCGAGAGUGAGAUCAUCAAGAACAACCUGCUGGGGUCUCGACACAGGGACACUCGGUAUAACUCCGUGGCAGAAUCCGAGGCUGGCUCAGUGUCUGACUGCACGGAAGGAGAACGAUCACCCACACUGCAGGUGUACUCCCCGGAGCUGGACCGUGAAGGGUUCUCAGGGGGGCGCCCACCCCAGCCCCUCGAGAUGUUUAACAUGGAUUUGCACUACGAGGCUGCCAACGGGAUGUACAGUGCCAGAGGGGGCGGAAUGUACACGCCCACUAUGCAAGACAUGACCUCAGCGCCUACCAACAUGUGGCCUCAGCAGGUAGACUACGGGAUGCAGGACCUGGGAGUAAUGAAGACCUCGCCCUCGACUCCACCCCUCAACUUCCCGUCACAAGUAUAUGGUCGACCUCAGGUAACGCAGCGCCAGCCUUGUACAUUACCUACUAGUACUUCCAUACCUACGCUUAACCAGCUGCCAUCAAGUAACAUGCCUCUGACCCGCUCCACACUCGGCUACGGCGGCUAUGACAUGUCAGGCUCGUGGGCGGCAGCAACGGACCCCUACAACGCCUAUGGUCCGCAACACGUCCGCACCGCCAUCUCGGCAGUGAAAGCAGUAGAUAGCAGCCUGCGGGACACCUGGGAGUGCCGUGAGUGUGUUAACUGCGGCGUCUCACAUACGCCCCUGUGGCGGCGGGACUCCUCAACUGGCCACUACCUCUGCAACGCCUGCGCCCUCUAUACCCGCACCAACGGCAUAAAUCGCCCGCUGGGAAAGGCGCCCGCUCGUCGCCUCUCGGGAAACCGUCGGAUUGGUCAGAUGUGCACCAAUUGCCAUACGUCAGUGACCUCAUUAUGGCGUCGUAACAGCCAAGGAGACCCUGUGUGUAACGCCUGUGGCCUCUACUACAAACUGCACAGUGUCAACAGACCCCUGACCAUGAAGAAGGAGAGUAUUCAGACUAGAAAACGUAAACCCAAGAAGUCAAGUGAUACCAAAACCUCCUCCUCCUCCUCGUCAUCAACCUCCACCACCUCGUCCUCCGUCACUCCCUCUACCACAGCCUCGAGCCUUGGGUCAUCUGGCUCCUCGUCCUAUGUUAUCUCUUUAGCGUCUUCGUCUGCGUCUACAUCAUUGACUACAUCCACCUCCGCCCCUACGACCUCCUCCUCGUCACUGACCACCACUUCCGCCUCGACCUCCAAGUACCAGAUUGUCUCCACGCCUAUAGUGAAGACGGAGCCGACGAUGGGGCCAUACUUGUCCAUGUACGGGUCAUCCACAUCAUCGUCGUCGUCAUAUGGACAACAGAUGUCGUCUCCGGCAGUAUCGUCCGCCUCACUACUUGGGUCGUCCUUGCCGCCCCUCCUGACUCCCUAUUCCCUACAGAGCCUCAAGGCCAACCAGGCAGUGGCGACCUCCACACUCCAGUAUGGGGUCAAGGACGAGCCUUCCUCCCCUGGCGGUGGUAGCAGCAGCCUAGGAGAACUCACCUCCCUCCCUCACGCCCACUCAGGCUCCCAGCACGACCAUUCAGGCUCCCAGCAUGCCCAUUCAGGCUCCCAGCACGCCCAUUCAGGCUCCCAGCAUGCCCAUUCAGGCUCCCAGCAUGCCCAUUCAGGCUCCCUGCAUGCCCAUUCAGGCCCCAGCACGCCCAUUCAGGGCCCCAGCACGCCCACUCAGGCUCCCAGCACGCCCACUCUGGGUCCCAGCACUCCCACUCUGGGUCCCAACAAGCCCACUCCCAGAUAGCACACUCACCCUCCCAGCACGCCCACUCUGGCUCUCAGCACAGUCACUCCACCACCCAACACACCUCCAGUGGAUUGAGUCUCACCUCACGUGGGGUUCUGGCGGGAGUGACGGCCUCCACCAGCCAUCUGUCAGCCGUGGCCUCCUCACCCCCCACCUCCCACUUGACCUCCAGCACCUCACCCCUCACCCACUACGCCUCCGCCAACCUCAUGCUGCCCCAUAUAGUCAACUCUGCCAGCCUUGGGGCCACAGGUCUCCAAGGACGCUCGAGUUCCCCGCUGACACCCACCCAUCAGCACCCCCUCGAACACCUCUCCUGGAAGACCAACUGAGGGACUGAUCCUCCCCCCACUCCCCCUUCCUCGUCGCCCCAAGAGAGAAACUCCUUCCUGAACCAUGAUGGAAGGGUCACUCUGGUGUGCUCACUGCAACUCUCACCACUUUGCUAUCCUGAAGAAAAUAUAACUGAUAGCAUCUUAACGCUGUGAGAAGAAAUUCACUUUGAGAAUACGAACAUUAUAACCCGUUUCAACACCUACCACUAGAGACUGAGGUGGAUCAAGAGGCCAGUGUAUUAUAGUGUAGGGAUAAGGAGUCACGUGUGUGUGUGUAUAUAUAUUACUCCCAGUUAAAGAAGCACCUGAGGGUCUUGCUUUCAUGUUUUAAUUUUUUUUACUUGAUUUAAUAUACAAGUGUGUGUGUGUGUGUGUGUGUGUGUGUGUGUGUGUGUGUGUGUGUGUGUGUGUGUGUGUGUGUGUGUGUGAUUCACCAGGUCGACUAAGGCUACUGGUGUUAUGAGUGCUUGUUAUUAUUAUUAUUAUGCCUUUAGGGUUAAUUUAUCUAGCAUUAAUUUAUCUAUUUUUUUUUAAUAGUAAUAAAAUUUGGUUGAAUAAGGUUGUUAGGCACACCAAAGAUAGGAAGUAGGUUCAUGGGUGCCAAAGAUAGCCAAGAUAGCCUCCUAGUACAGUAUUUGGUGGAAGGUUGAGAGGAGAUGUGCUGGACGGUGAAGCAAGGUAGUGUGUGUGUGUGCUGUCCUGUGUGAUGUGUCUAGGUGCUCACUUGGGUAUGGUGCUGUUAUAGUGCUGUACCUCAAUGCUCCCCUGGGUAUAGUGCUGUUCCAAGCUCAUGAACUAGUCAUCGGUUAUGAUGCUGUUAACUGCUGUGUAAUUUCCACUGUUCCCUUGGGGCCUCACUGUCUCGUGCUGUGCUCAUAAAAUAAUGGCGUCUCUUGUGUCCUAGAAACUAGUGCUCCAUUAUUUACACUUAACGACCUAUUGUUGUGUAUCGGUUAAGUUUUGGGUCAUAUAUUUGGUCUUGAUUCCUGUUUCCUUGAGUCCCCCCCCUCCCUUUAGUCCUAUUCUCCGUUUUCUUUCUCUAGAUCUUUAUCAAUGUUUUGUUCAAUAUUUGUCAUGAACAACAACAAAAAAUGGGUGACUGAUUCUAUUUUGUUUAUGUCGUUUUAGUAGACUUUUUAAUCUACCCUGUUACUUCAGCUGUUCCAAUACGCCGAAACUUAUCACAUUACUCGUGUCUUGAAGCAAUGGCCAGACGUUGUCAAAGUUUCAUCCUUAACUGAAACAUCAUUAAUGAGUUUGUUGUAGUGUUAUAAAGAAGAAGAGGCUACCAAGUGUAUGAUAAUGUAAAUAGCAAUUUUUUUUCCUCUUACUCUUCAUUCUAAGGAGUGCGGUGGACGAGUGGAUACAAUACUCGUCUCCUAUCCUAAGGGUCGUUGGUUCGAUCAUGGGGCACUCCCAGUCUACCCAGCUGUAAAUGGAUACCUAACUUUACAUGUUGGGGGGUGUGAAGGCGGUCGACUGCACUACCAGCCACACUGCCUCCUAGCAUAACCGAUAGCUUAGCAUACAGUGCGUGUUGUACCCUAAAGAGACCAGUGACACAGUCUUUACUCUUUAUCUAAGGUUUAUACAUUAGGAAUUGAUGCUUCGCUUUUAUUUUAAGUGUAUACCUCAGAUUUACCUUCUUAGUCGAGGGUUAACCAAUAUACCUUCCUUUACCUGCGCGGUACUCAGUGGUGAUUUAUUUCAACCGAUCGACCAGGCUCACGUGAUGGCGACGCUGUGGCAACAUGAGAACCAGAUCCUUAGUCGUGUUACCAGCGUGGAGUCUUAUAAGUGUGUGGCUAUAUAUUCAUGUAUUUGAGAUUAAAAACAACUUAUUGGAUAUUAUUAAGGAUUAAUUAUGUUUUGAAAUUAAUCAUGUGACUUUGUUUAAUAAUUAAGAACUGUGAGGGAAUUGAUGAAAAUGAUUGUGUGAGGUGAAAGUGAAUAUUUGGGGCCUUUUUUUUAAAUGAUGUUGAUUUGUUAUUGGAAAUUAUAUCCCUGGAGGAGAGGUUUGUGUUAGUCUAUUUCAGUGUUUUAUAAAUGUUAGAUAUUGAUUGUCAAACUCUAAUGUAUUGUUGAAUUUUAAUCUCAGUCUAUUUAAAUUACUGUUUUUCUCUGCAUUUUCAUUUUAAUUCAAUAUGCAAUAAUGCGGCCCCCUACUUUGUUAUCAAUAAAAUAUAAAUUAAAAUAAUAUACUUCUUGA